AUGACUCACCUUGAGAACAUAUUUCUUAAAAAUGUUGUGUUGUACCUCGAAACUUUGGAAGAUAUAACUAACUUUAUUUUAAUAAACAAAUCGUGUUAUUCUGUAAUCCAAACCAUGUUCAUCAAUACAUACAAUCUGUCUCUCCACUCAUCUAUUGAUGACAUUCUUUUCUUUUUUCCAAAAUUAGAGACUUUAUAUUUCUGUGCUGUUUCAACGCGUCUGAGAAAGGUGUCGAGUAACGACAUUCCUCUCAUCGAAGUGAAUGCAAAACAACUUUCAUCCAAAUUUUCUCAGACCUUAAAAACAAAAUGGUUUCCUCCCAAAGUUCGUAAGUUGCGCAUUUUGUGGAAUGAAAUUGAUACUGUAGCGAAGAACAAAGACAAUUUCGAACAACUUCAAUUUUUAUUUAUAGACUACACGAUGACUACAAAGGAAGAACAUUUGCUGUUUGAAGUGUUGCAAAUCAAAACAUUAAAAAAGGUGUAUUUAAUAUUUACUACAAUGACUCUUCAAUUUAUAAAUGAAUUUAACUUCUCUGAACGAAAAGAAGUGGAAUUUACACUUGUUGUGUUGUUUUCAAGUUACACUUAUGAAGUCCUUGAAGUUGACGCACUCAAUAAGAUGCCUAAUAACGUCAAAGUGUUUACCAACUUUAUAUCUAAAGAAACAAAUUCUCUCGAGUUUCUGCCAGCACUUUCAUGCAUUCUUAACAGUUAUCCUGUUAACCAAAAUGAUGAAAAUAAGUCGAUUACAGUGACCUCAGAUGUCAGUGGAAAGGAAGAUUUAAUUUAUGAAACAAUGGAAAUGGGCAUUUUAACUACUUUGGAUAUUAUGGAUCCAAAAACUCUACCAAAGUGGGACGUGACAUUAAACGCAUACAUCCAACCAAAUCAAAGAGAAAAACUCCAAGCAACUUUUAACUUCCAAAAUCAAAUCAAUUUCGAUUUCAUUGAGGCGGUCACUCUGUUUAAUAUCAACGCAAAAGAAGUGGUGUUACCACGUCUUUUAAAGAAAAUUUCAAUUCUCGAUUGUACUGGCAAAAUUAAUAUGAAAAACUGUCGAGCGGAAAGUAUUACUUUAAGAAAUUUCAAUGGAAAAAGUCUUGAAAUUUCAGACGAAAAAUUGACAAAUUUUAAGUGCGACAAUUCAAUUGGAAAAGUUCUGUUCAAACACAAUGGCGUGAAAUAUAAAGGAAAGUUCGUUGCAAAUUUGUCAAAAUACACCGUUUUUUCUGUUGCAAACGGGUUCCAUGCAUGUGAUAUUUUAAUAGAAAACGAUGGGAAGAUAGUCGAUAAAAUUACAUGUACGAGAUGUUGGUACACAAAUACAGAAACAAUCAACAGUUUUAGAGUUGACAAUAUUACAAAUGGGUUCGACCUUUCAAACGAAAAAAUUGAUCAAAUGCAAUUGUUUUUAAAUCCAGCACAACAUAUAUUUACAAACAAAGUGAAAUUUGGAAACAUCAAAAAAGUUGAUUUGAUGGGAGGAAAUAUCGAUACCGUGGAGUUGGGAGUGGUCGGCAAAAUCAAUUUGGUGGGGUGUAAAAUCGAAAAUCUGGUCAUGAAAAGUGCAAAAUCAUUCACAUUUAAAAAUUCAUUUUUCGAAAAUGUCAAAGCCGAAAAAAUCAGCAAAAUAAAUGGAACAAAAAAGAACAUAAAAAAUCUUAAAAUUAAAAAGUAA